AAUAAUGAGCCGCACUGAUUCGCGCGUUGCAUUUCGGGAAGACCCUCAUUCCUCCUCUGUACACUGACAUAGUCCGUUCGUUUUAUUCCCAGCUUAUAAUAUUCCAUUUUACAUUGAUUGAUUGAUAGGCCUACGAGUGACCAUGGUUUUAUCAUCUGGAUUACAACUCUUUGGUUCUGCCAUCCGAUGCAUUCCAACUGACAAUAACACCACAGCAACAGUUUUAAUACACUGUGGUCAAUUCAUCAUUGGAAUUGCUGGUGGAAUGUACCCUGCUGCUUUGAUAUCUUCAACCUGGUUCCCUCCAAACCAACGUACAACUUCCACCUCCAUGUCAACUGUAGCUGGUUACAUAGGAUCGGCUUUAGGAUUCAUUAUUUCACCUGCAUUUGUUGAUGAUAUUAAAGACUCAAACUUUCCUAAGGUGGACAACCACUAUCGAUUAAAUGGUACUCAGGUAAAUAUGUACAAAAGACAAAUUAACAAUCUUCUGUAUGUUGAAGCUGGUCUUCAGUUCGUCGUUUUUGUGACUAUCGUUAUUUACUAUCCUGCAAAACCAAAGAAGCCACCCAGUUUAUCCGCUGCCAAAGAACGUGUUGAUUUUAAAAAUGGUAUAAAGAAACUAUGUACAAAUUAUAAUUUUCUACUAUUGGCAACGAUAUUUGGGGCAAGUACUGGAGUGUAUGGUGGAUGGUGUGCUGUAUUAUAUCAAAAUUUAUCUGAGUAUGGUAUUUCAGUGAAUGCGAAGUUUGCUGGAUGGCUUGGAUUUGUUGCUGUCAUCAGUGGAUCCUUUUCAGGAGUGUCGUUUUCAUUGUGAGUACAGUUUAAUUUGAAAAUAUUGUUUUAAAUCCUUACACUAAACUAGGAGCAAACGUAGUUUUAGUUGGUUAUAAAUUGCCUUGCAAUGAAUUGAUAAUUAGGUGUUACGAUGCAAUAAUCAAUGUUCAAACUGUCACCGAAACGGGCAUGUGUAAUUAAUCACGACAAACGUAUGAAUGCUUAAAUGAUCAGGCAUGUGGUAAGAACAAAUUUAUAAUGGGCAUUACAUCAGGUCUAGUCAGAGUGUAGAGACGGUACACAAAUUCGAUACCUCAAUGGGCAGAACGGCGGUCUGGAAACCCAAAGAUGAGAGAUCGAAUCUCGCUGGAGACCACGAAUCUUUUGUUGCACUCUGCAGUGUCAAAGUACAGUAGUAUAUGAAACUAGUUUUUCAUAUCUCUGGAGAUGCUUCUCAAAUAGCUACAUUGUGUCCGGGAAAUACGAUCAGCCUUGAGAAUUUAGAUUGAAAGUCUUUCAUCUUGUUAUGCCAGUGAUGUAGUUAUCUCAUCCUGUACUAUCACAUCAGUUGCACUUCAAAAAUCACAUUCCACUAAUAACCAGAAAAUCACGAAGACAAGGCCGAACAAGCCUGGGAAAGGCGGUUUUGUAACCGGAGGAAGAACUAUAAGUGUGUUACUAGUAGGAUAGAUGCAUUUUCAUUUCAAGUUUGCAAUAGCAUUGUACACUCACUGUCAGUAAAUGAAGUUUGUAACUGAUACUGUAGAGUUUCUAUUGCAAAUAUACAAUCAAUUCCAACAAUAGUUUGAACCUUAUAGCUGUUGAUGAAUAUAUAGUCACAUAUGAAGCUACAAUUUUGUAGUCUUUCCGUCACAACUAAUACCGUUUCUAUUGAAGCUGCGGGUGCAGUACACUCUUCCGGAAAGUACAUCAUCUUGGCUAUAGAGCCUCGUUUCCAUGCAUGUUAGAUUAGUUAAAGCGCAACGUCUCAGUCACAAAAACGAAGUUCUAUAGCCAAGAUGACGUACCUUGCGCAAGGUUCAAUUGCUGUUCAAUACUCGCUGUUAUCUUACCGUUACAGUUACACUGUAUAUACAUGAUAUAUUACAGAUGUAAUUUUAUUUGAAUCCCAUUGGCGUAUGCGGCUCAGACGUAGAGUUUUACUUCAUAGGAACAGUCAUAACCCUGUUCUCUAUCUAUCCUUUUCAGGUUUGCAGAUCGUUUUUCAGGCCACCACAAAUUAUUUCUCGUUGUGUUUAUGGUGCUGUCAUUUUACACGACUUUAUCAAUCUGCUAUGUUUUCACUGGAGUUAUCUCAUUUAACAAGAUCGUUGUCUACAUCCUGUUUGGACUGAGUGGUUUCUUUCUAAAUGGCACUAUUCCAUUCUUCUUUGAACUUGGUGUAGAGAUCACUUAUCCGGUAGCUGAGGGAAUAACUGCCGGGAUGAUCACUUUCUUCAAUAACAUUUUACAGACUGGGUUUCUUGCUAUACCGCUAGGAAAUUAUGGAACGAAAUGGAUGUUAUGGACAACAGUUUGUACUUGCGGAGUUUCCACGAUACUUUUAUUAUUUGUAAAGGAAACAUAUCAUAGGUCAUCAGUCGAUAGACGAGAACGACACAGAACUGGACUUAACCAGCAUAGUAUAAAUUCCUGAAUGAACAACGCGGGUAUGCUCAUUUCAUUCAAUCAAUGUUGGAUAAGGAAUACGAAACAAGAUUCAUUCAGUUUACGAAUUCGCUAAAUAAAUUCGCUUGUGUUGUUAGCUAUCCUUGUACUUUCAACUAUAGUUUUCCUCAACAUUGGCAUCCUUGGCACAAAUCCUUGUAAUGUUCAUGUGGAAAAUUUGGACGUCGCCCGUGGCCUGUUUUUGUGGCUAGCCCGUUUGCGGGCUAGCCAUUAUCACAUAGUACACAAACGCGAUGAGCGAUGAUGAUCAUGGUGUCCAGUCCGGAUUUUCGUAAAGUAUCGGAAGCAAUCGGAAGUGCCCGUAUUUUUCUGCCGACAUUUCACAUUUGCAUUUCGAGGCAUUUGAUGAUUUUGAUCCAGUUUGAGGACUUCUACUUCUACACUAGCAUGAGCAGCAUAUCGCGUUAUUCCUUGUGUUUCUUUGAGCAGCAUAUCGCGUUAUUCCUUGUGUUCCUUUGAGUAAAAGGUAUAUUUGCUUAUUUCUAUUUUUGUAUAAGUUUGCUCAGCUUUUAUUGUAUUAUUUACAACGCCAUUUUGGCUCGCUCUGGUCAAAGUAUAUUUUUGGUCCGAAUAUAGAUCUGGCAUUCUUAUACGCGAGGUCGACGUAUCAAAUCAGAAAUACAGUAUACAAAGGAGCCAAAUCAAAAAUUGAAAAAUACAAUAUUACACAUGAAAGGGCCCAUUGUGCUCGUACUGAUCAUACAGGGCUAUUUACAGUACGUGAAAGGCCACGUACCAAACAAUGCCAUUUGUGCUGGGAACCAAUUGCCAUUUGUGCUGGGAUUAACUACCUAGUUGACUAUUGGUAUAUUAGUAAAAAAAACUACCUUGACUUUUGCUAAUGUAGUCACAAGAACAACCUUGACUAUUGCUAUAGUACAGUAGUCCAUGUAGAUGAAAUUAUUUUAGUAAUUUUGUUAGUACAUGUAUUUGCAUUUUUUAGUAUAUAUCUCCUUGGAUGUAUAAAAAUUGUUGUGUUCAUCAUCUAAUGUGUUUUCACAUUCCUUUUGAAACUAUUUGCUAAAGCGCCCUCUGAGUAUAAUAAGCAUCCAGCAAGUAUACCCGUAUUCUUGGGUUUCAUAUGACAUCACAAAAGUGACGGGCGGUCAACAAAACACAGUUAUCAGAGUGAGUCGAUUGUUCGUUUUAUGUAUUAGCCUUGUGUUCGGUGGCAAAUACAUGGAAUUUCGUAUCAUUUUCUCACUCCACUACAGCAUAAGCAUCUACAUUUGAGGUUGACUCCCCGUCAGAUUCACUGCAUAAUGCUGUAGUGAAACCCAAGAAUAGGCAACCCCUGCCACUAAGCACCCUCUGGGUAUAAGCAUCCCCUGGGUAUAAGCAUCCACUAAG